GUCCCUCUUCUUUCUCUUGCUUUUAUUACUAUUUAAAUAAUGUAUGUUGUGUUGCUAAUUAAUGGCAAGAUCAAAUUAAACCCUUUGAAACUGACAUAUUUAUUAUGCAGCACAUCCAAUCUAUUUUUAACUCUUACGCAGUAUAUCCAUGUUGUGCAAUGGGCUUUGGUUGCUGGCUUUUUCUUUUAAAGCCAUAGUAGCACAAGGAUGGUUUUCAGCAAAUGUGACAAGCUGACCUUCACAGUGGUCAGCUUCUAGCCUUCAGUUCUCAAAAGGGGAAAGACAAUCCUUGUGAUGCAGCUUUAAAAAAAACAACAACACAACACCUUGGAUGAAGACAUGUCCUCAACCCCUCCCUCCCCACACUUCUUUCCUACCCAUUGAUAAGUUCUGCUAUCUUGAUCAUAGUCCAUUCAACCAAGCUGUUUUUGGAAAGGAGUUAUGGUGGGGUUUUUUGCUAUAUUUUGAAAUAACCAAGAUUCCAGUGUCUCUCCAUUGUUUUAAAUACCAAUGACUGGGUGCAAUGGCAUGCUAAGACUUCGUUAAGACAUAUAUGCAGGUUUCCAUAGACUGGGCCAAAGACAGUUCAAGUUUCAGAUGACCAUCAUGACCCACAUAAAGGAUCUCAAAGAUAACUUCCACAGUGACACAGUCCUCUCCAUCUUAAAUGAACAACGCAUUCGGGGUGUUUUAUGUGAUGUCACAAUAAUUGUGGAAGACACCAAAUUUAAAGCCCACAGCAAUGUCCUGGCAGCUUCAAGCCUUUAUUUCAAAAAUAUUUUUUGGAGUCGUGCAAUUUGUAUUUCUGGACAUGUAUUGGAACUAGAUGACCUCAAAGCUGAAGUGUUCACAGAAAUUCUUAAUUAUAUCUACAGUUCCACAAUAAUUGUUAAAAGACAGGAGACUGUUUUAGACCUCGCAGCUGCAGGGAAAAAACUAGGAAUAUCAUUUCUAGAAGAUCUUACAGACAAGAGCUUUUCAAAUUCACCCAGUCUUUACUCAUUUUGCAAUAAUGAAAAGGGUGAAGUGAAAGAAGAAAAAAGGCAAGAAGACUCAGCCAUCACAAGUGGACCAAGAAUCACAAAUGCAUACUCAAUUUUUGAGACUGAAAACUGUAGCACUUUGUUCUCUCCUCUUGACCUGAGGGCAAAUUUUAAAAAAUUGCCUGAAACAAAUAAAGCAUCCAGUAUUGGUACUGAGAGAAAUGACUCUUGCAAAGAUGUUGAGCGAACCAGUACAUUAGCUGAACAUUCCUAUGCUGUUACUACAGGGUGUGAUAUUUUUCAACAAAAUUCCUUUUAUCAUGAAAAUAGUCCACAUUGUAAAGCAAAUGAAGAUAAUUCUGAUAUUGGUCUGCCAGUGCCUACUGCCAAAUCAGUAACACAAACAUUUAGUACUGCAAAGCGAAUUUGUAAUCCCCAUACCACUGAUACAAUUUCAGUUCAGAUAUCAGCUCACAAAGGAACUAAUGGAGAAGGUCAUCAAAAUGUAGCAACUGAUCACACAAUUUCUUUGCAAAAGUCUCACCCAAAUACUGAGAAUGAGAAUGACAAAAAUGAAAAUAAAUCUGACCAUGUUUCUGGAUCAAUUGUUAAAGUCAUUCCACAUGUUUAUACUCAAUGUGGUACACAUCUGCAGCUUCAUUCACAACCUCAAGAACCAUUAGUUUGCAAACAUUGUAGCAAAGCAUUUGAAAGUGCUGCUGGACUAGAGGCACAUGAGUGUGUGUCCAGGGGAUUGGACAGUUGUGAAAAUGAAAAUUCCUUGGAUAAUUUUGCUACUACAAAUGAAAAAAACAGCUCUUCCUAUUUAAGCCCAGAGCCCAUGGUGACAGACAAUGAACUUGCUGAUUAUUCUGUGACAAUGCCAGAAACAGACCACUUUGUCAAAGUUGUUGAUGGACAAGUACUUUACACUUGCAGUGUUUGCAAACGAACCUAUGUUACUCUGUCUAGCCUUCGAAGACAUUCAAAUGUUCAUUCAUGGAGAAGAACGUACCCAUGCCAUUACUGCAACAAAGUGUUCGCAUUAGCAGAAUACCGUACAAGACAUGAAGUUUGGCACACAGGAGAAAGGCGGUACCAGUGUAUUUUCUGCCUUGAGACAUUUAUGACAUAUUACAUUCUCAAAAACCACCAAAAAUCUUUCCACGCAAUUGAUCAUCGACUUGGGGUAAAUAAGAAAACAGCAAAUGGUGGCUUGAAGCCAAGUGUAUAUCCAUACAAACUUUAUAGGCUUUUGCCUAUGAAAUGCAAAAGGUCACAGUAUAAGAGCUAUGAAACCUCAUCAUAUGAAAAUAUACAAUCAAGUGUUAAUGAAGCGCCUUCUAGCACCUGCAUUAUUCAAAACACUGUUGCUUCUGAACUGCCAUCACUGAAUUUCCCACCCAGUAUGUUACCAAACACAACUAUUUCCUUGGAUAUAUCUUCAUGCAGUGAUGCAACAGCAGCACCUAUGAACCCUCCAAACAUUGCCUGGGAAGCUGGUGUAUCAGAAACAGAUACUUGUACUACUGGGACACAAUUAUCCUCCACGGGACUUAACUCUGAUGCUCAUGAAUAUGAUUCCUGUCUUCAAAAAGUUAGCAGCAGCAACACCACUGAAAAUUCAACCUCUGUUAUUAGUUAUAGUAAUUCAGCAUCGUCUGUCAUAGUACAUAGUGGUAGAAUUUCAUCUGUAAUAAUGCAUAGCAAUGCCAUCAAUGCAAUAGAUACAAGAAUCCCAGACAUUACAACCAGCCAAGAAGCAACCAAGGACAACACACAUGGUCCGGAUGAUAGUAAAAGCAAUGCUAGACUAAGAAGCAAUAAGGAGAAAAAGAAAGUGUCCUACAACAGAGAAGAGACAUCAGAGGAAUUAGAAUAUAUCGGAAAUACAGGACUGUCUUCAAACACAUCUACAGAUAUCUCAAGUAAGACUGAAACAUACAUUGCCAAACCUGCGUUGCCAGGAACAUCUGCUGAUAGCAAUGUUGCUCCACUUUGUCAAAUAACAGUUAAAAUAGGGAAUGAAGCCAUUGUGAAACGACAUAUUUUGGGGUCCAAAUUAUUUUACAAAAAAGGCAGUAGAUCAAAAUAUGAACCUAAAGAAGAUUAUACAGUUCAGGUUAUGGAACGGGAGAAACGGGAGAGAAGUGUGUCUCGAGUUUGUAAAUCAGAGUACCUAGAACUCAAUGAAAUGUGUGAUGAUGUUAGUGACCAUGACUCCAGUGAUAAACCAUGGCGACCAUAUUACAAUUACAAACCCAAAAAGAAAUCAAAGCAGUUAAGAAAAAUGAGAAAGGCAAAAUGGAGAGAAAGAUACAGGAGCAGAAAUUCCAGCAGAGCCAAUGAAAAGAUGCAUGUCACAAGUUAUGCACUUAGGAACAUUCCCGAAGAAAAGCUCCCGAAUCAAGACAAGGAUCAUGAAAUGCCAAGUCUUCACUGCGAACUCUGUGAAAAAGAAAACCCUUCAAAUGAAGAUACCCAGGACCACUUACACUGGGACACAACUACUUCCAAGUUUUAUACUUGUCAGUUAUGCCAAAAGCACUUCCAGAGUCCAUCUGCUCUAAGACUGCAUAUGCGAUGCCACACAGGAGAGAAGCCCUAUCCCUGCAAGACUUGUGGAAAGAGCUUUUCGAUCUCAGGAAACUUACAGAAGCAUGAACGUACCCACUCGAGUGUAAAGGAUUUUAUCUGUCAGUACUGUAACAAGGCAUUCAGUCUAAAUGAAACACUGAAAAUACAUGAGAGAAUCCAUACAGGGGAAAAGCGCUACCACUGUCAGUUUUGCUUCCAGAGUUUCUUAUACCUUUCUACCAAAAGGAAUCAUGAGCAAAGGCAUAAGCAUGAGCAGAAUGGGAAAGGAUAUGCAUGUUUUCAGUGCCCCAAAGUCUGCAAGACAGCUGCUGCUCUUGGGAUGCAUCAGAAAAAGCAUUUAUUCAAAAAUCCUAAGCAAGAGGAGAAAGCAGAUUAUUUGCUAAAUGAAAGUACUAAAUCUUUUGAAAGUCCAUAUUCUAUUGACUCAGAUGGACAAAAAACACACAAACCUUUACUAACUCAAAAUGUAAUUGAUGCAGAUGAGUGUGGACCAAGUAGUCUUCAGAAUAUCACAUCCAUUGUUGGGCUUCGAGCAAGAAGAAUUUACAACAGACAAAGAAAUUACAAGGACUAUAAGUAUGAGCAAAUAAUGAAAAAAUGCAUAUCUACGAGAAAACUUGAGAAACAUUAUUGCAUUUAAAUAUAUUUCAUGUACCACAUGAAAAAGUGCCAUAAAAGCAAAAAUGGAAAUCCUAUAAUAUUUCUUGUUCUUAUGGAGGCCCAAGAGAAACUUUAAAAACUAUUGUGUUUCAUAGAAGAAAGUCUGUAGCUAAAACAAGAAUAUGCAUUAUGUGAAAAAGUAUUAAAUAAUAUUGUAUGUAAUUCAUUAUUGCAUAAGAUUAUGAUGUGGAUGUUAAGAGCCUAGCCAUUUUGGACAAAAGAUAAAAGCAUAUAGAUUGAGAAUAUAACAAUAUUAGAGGUUCACUCUAGAAAUGGUAGAAACCACACCCUGUAUUCCACUCUGGGGUUUUAACUUAAUUUGCUCAAUCUUCAAUAAUGCAGUUUGAAAUUUUGAUUUAGCUGUAGUCUAAUGUGUAUAUUGUAUAGCAACUGGUAAAGGUUCUAAAAUAUAUAUAUAUUUGAAAUAAAAAUGCAUCCAGCUAUUCUAAACCCUGAAUGUGUUGUUACAGAGUUAACGUUUUAAAGGCUAAUUAUGAGGAACAGAACAAUUGUAAUAAUAACACCAAUUAAUAAUAAGUAAAUACAUAUACUGUAUAUUAUUAGGAGUACAUUGCAAUAUGUCAUAGGCUCAUUAUAUGUUAGUGAAGUCAGAUGGACAGCUUGAUCAAUAACCAAAUGAAGAUUAAAUAUUGGGAGCAUGAUCCAUUCACCAUGGGCAACUACACAGAUAGAAACGAAUUUACACUUUCAUCCUGGUCCUUGUCCAUCCAUAUAUAUUCAAGACACAAUUUUCAUAGAAUAGCUUAUGUAUGUUCCACAGGUAUAAUCAAAAGUUACAGUAACUCUCUUCUUAAUAUGGGUAACCUACAAGGACUGAGGGAGGAAAAGGAUAGCUGGAUGCAUAUAUGAGAUGUACUCAUGGGACUUCCAAUGGAAUUCAGAGAUUACACACUAGAAUGUAAUGUGUCCCUGUAUAUGUUCAUAAAGAGUCCUAAGCUGAUGGCAGGCAGGAAGGUGGCUUUAAGUCUUUAUGCCGGAGGUGCAUGACCUUUUUGGUUCUAUGGAUAAUGUGAGGUGUCAGCUGGAUAGCCAGAAGAUACAUCAUCUAGAAGUCACCAGUUUAGGUAAAAUUCUCUCCUUUUUCUCACCACUCUCUAUUGAUAUUGUUUUCUCACUGCUGCCAAAAGCAUAGGACUGGUGAUUAAACUGAAAUACUUGACUUUAUUGGAUUGUGCUUUAGGGUUUAACAUGCACUUAUGAUUACGCAGCUGACAUACUUCUUAGGCACAAUAUGCAUAUCAUGACAAGCUUCUCAGAUGGGUUCGUUUCACUGUCUGCCUCAAUGCCUCAGCAGCAUAUUGUGACACAGGCCCAUGUAACUAAUUUGUACAAAUUACAUGGAACAUACACAAUCCAUUGAGAAUCUUAAGGACUCAUGGAAAUGUCUACAUGAAAGAUUGCUGAACUGAAUUUUUUUGCUCAUUUCUUCUUUCUGCUUCUUUCAUUGUCCACUAUAUAUUUCCUUCAGUACAUAACAUUAGAUUCAGAUUUGCAAGCAUGGAACUUGGCUGGUGGAAGUCAAAUUCCCUGCCCCUGACUCUUCAUAGCAACCCACUGAGGCCUUGAAAAUGCUGCACAGCAGGUCAGCAGGCCCUAUUGAUGGAAUAAGCAGACUCAAGGAGAAAGUGGGGAGAUCAUGAAGAUUAGGCAAAUCCAUGGCUAGAGCUGGGAAGGGGAGGAAGGAAAGGCAGUCUACUUCUAUCAUUCCAUCUGAAGGCACUUAAAACUGUAUCUAACAAAUCUUUUUAACCAGUAUAAAAACUCAGGCAACUACAGAAAUUCUUCAUUAUUCCAGGGACAGCUCAACGCUUCCUUAAUACAUCUGGAACUUAUAAAUCUUCAGAUUGCAGAAUAUUUCUAUAAAAAUUCUGAUGACCCUGCAAAAGCCUGGAUAUUGUCUUCCCUUUAGCAAAUGACUACACUUUCCAUCUACAUAUAGAGAAGGUAUGAAUUCCCUGCAUAAUUCUGGGAAGAAGCAAAUGGAUCUUCAGUCUAUUGGGCAAGAAGAUUUGUGUUCCCUUUUUGAAAAGCCUACAGAAAUGUGAGUUUAGGGGCACCUUUACUCAUAAGUACCUAUAGAAUUGAAUGGUUGAUUAUCCUGAUGUAUAGGAUAAAUCUUCUGCCACCAUCAGGUCUUUAUACUGCUAUGAUUACUCUUCCUAUCUAGUUGUGCACUUCUGAUUCUGGAUAUAUAGGUUCGGAUGUCUCCAUUUGACAAUGCAUCAGAGAAAAGAUAAUCAACAUUAGCAUGCAAUUAUUGGAAGAUUCUACAGCAGACAAUGAACUUAAGUGAAGAACAUCUUUGGUCUUAAUCUGUUGGCUAUACUUUUUCACAGGUAUUACUCAAGCUAGAUGGUGUCAUAUAUUUAGGUAUAGAAAGAGGUUUACCUGUCUAAGCAUACUACAAGUCUUGUUUUCUGAAUGUUUAUUGCCUCUUACUUUAUACCUAUAUAAUGAUGGCAACAAAUUAAUAGUGUUGAUGUGGGAUUAAAUUAAAAUGAGCCAAAGUAUCAAGAGAAAAUUCAGGAAAAGAGUUUUAUUAAACAUAUUGAGAAAAAUAUUAAUUCGAUGAAAAAGAAAAUUAAUACAUUUCAAAGUUUCAGAAAGAGUGAAAGUAGAAUCUACAGUUUACAUUUUAUCAUAGCAUGAGAAACCUAGAAAGAAUGUUCAAAAUACUACAUCUGACAUUGAUUCUGGGCUAAAUCCAAAAUUAAUUCUGCUUAGAGAUGACUCAUUGAAAUGAGUGGGAUUUAAACUGAUUUAGCGCAGGACUAACAUUGGAUUUUAACCCCUUGUAUUUUCAUGUUUAUACAUUUAAAAUCUAUCUUCAAUUGCAUUACACAUAUAAUUAUAGUAUAGUUAUCCUAAACCUAUCUGACUUUUAUUUUGCAAGAAUAUAACAGAAAGUAAACAUCCCAUAACUGAUAUCAGAAUUGCAAAAAAAUUAAUUCUAUACUAAAAAAAAUUGAGGGUUGUUCUAUAGCUGCUUUGGUUUCAGAUUCUUUCAGUUCAAAAAUAUAACCUAACUUUAGUGACGUAUUUCAAAAGAAGAAACUGGUGGUUUUUCCUAAAAUUGCAAAUAUGAUAAUGAUUCUAGACCAAAGCAAAAUAAUAUGUAAUAUUUAUAUAUAGUAAUAAUUUUACAAAUAUUUUUUAUCAUUGGGUAAUUCAUAUGAAAAUAUUAGCUUCGUUAUCUUUGUAUAUUUUGAUAAAACAAUAACUUUGUACUUCUGUCUGAGCUACAAUUUAUAGAAAAGCAGUUUUAAGAUGGCAACAUUAUGUUUAUAAUUCAUUCUUGGAAUUUUAUUAUAUCAAAAUAAUGCGUAAAGUAGUACUGACAAAAUUAGAAUUCCAACUAGUCUAAAUGAUGGUACUUAUUGUUGAGAACUGUGGUAUGCUAUGUAACAGCAUAUGUAUUUUGUUUUUAAAAACCAUUAAAAUCUGGUGUU